AUGAGUCAAAAUCCAAGUAUAAUUGAAAAACAUCAAGAGGAUUUGACAAAUGAUGCCAAAAUUCGUGAAUUUUGGAUUAAGAAUGUUUGCGAUCACAAUAAACAUUCAAACAUUAAAACUAAAGAAAUUUAUGACUUUAUUAUUGUGGGAGCUGGUACUGCGGGAUGCGUACUCGCUAGAGAAUUGAUUUAUUGCAUUCCAAAUAUUAAUAUCCUAGUAUUGGAAGCCGGAGGUCCUGAUGUUUCUUCUAACGGUCUAGUUUACUUGCCAUGUGCUUCCUUUAAGAGUUUCGAAGUAAGGGACCAUGAUUGGGGAUAUAUUACUCAAGAACAAAGAAAGUCAAGUUCUGUAGAUCCUACUAAAGAAUUGGUAAUGGAAGGAUUUUCUUACCCACGAGGAAAGAUUUGGGGUGGAACUAGUUCCUUGAAUACAAUGGUUUACAUGCGUGGUCAAGCAAAAGAGUAUAAUGAUUGGGCAGCCCAAGGUCCUGAAUACAAAAUUUGGGAUUGGGAUCAUUGUCUAGAAGCGUUUAAAGCAGUAGAAAAUAAUUCACGAGAAAAACCAGAUGAAACGUUCAAAAAAUUUCAUGGAUUUAAUGGUUUACUUCAUGUACAAGAUAGCCAAACCGGGAUUUACGAUGUUAUGUCAGGCUUAAUUGAUGCUGCCAAAAACCUUGGUAUUCCUCAUAAUGAUGAUUUUAAUGGAGAGAGACAAAAUGGUGUUGGAAAAUUUCAGUUCACAAUCAAAGACGGGAAAAGAUGCUCUUUAGCAGAUGGUUAUCUACGAGAUGCAUUAAAGAAAGUCGAAUUACAUCCAGAUUCAAAACCUAAUGGUUUUGGAAAGGUUGUAGCAGUAAAUGUUAGGUCAUUUGCUCAUGUAUUAGAUAUUAUUUGGGACGAAGAGAAUAAAGAAGAAAAUAUUGCAAUCGGUGUAAGAUAUUUUUGUAACGGUGUUAUACGUGAGGCCUUUAUUGCUCCAAAAGGAGAAGUUAUUUUAUGCGGUGGUGCUAUUAAUAGCCCUCAGAUCUUAAUGCUUUCUGGUAUUGGGCCAAAAGAAAAUCUUAAAGCAAAUAAUAUAAAAGUUCGUAAAGAACUACCAGUUGGAAGAAAUCUAUUAGAACACCCGCUUUGUUGCAUUGUUGCUAAAUCGACUCCAAAUGCAAUCCAUCAUUGGAGUAAUGGAGCUGAGGUUGGAAUAUUAUUUAAAGCCAAUGUUAAAGGAAAUAUUCCUUGUAAAGAGGACUUUUUUGACGAGAACCCAGAUUUUCAAAUUACUGAUGGCUUUUUUGAUCCCGCAAUAGAUCUUUUUAACAAGCAUGAUAAAUUCCAUGGCAUCGCUCUAGUGUGCGGUCUUAACGUGCCUUCAAGUGUUGGUUAUCUAGAACUUAACAGCAGUAAUCCAUUUGAUCAACCAAGGAUAAAUUUAAAUUAUUUUGAAAAAUCCGAUGAUUUAUAUAGAAUGAUCAGUUCACUUAAAUUAUGUCGUGAAAUACUUAAACAACCUCCAUUAAGCACUGUUUAUGAUGUUAAGGAAAUUGGAAUUAAUGAUGAGUUUGGACAAUGGUGCACUAAUGGAGAUAUGAGUGAUGAAGAUUGGGAAAGGUCGUUCCAUCCGUGUGGAACUGUAAAAAUGGCACCAGAAACCAAAGAUGGAGUUGUUGAUCAUCGACUUCGUGUUUAUGGUACGAAAAAUCUUCGUGUUGUUGAUGCUUCGAUUUUUCCAUAUAUUCCAAGAGGAAACACGAAUGCCCCUACAGCUAUGGUUGCUUGGAGAGCAAGUCGGUUAAUUAUUGAAGAUUAUAAGCUAUCAUAA